GCAGAAACAGUAUAAAUUAAAUGAAACCGUAACUUUGCCAGAUGACAAUCUUCAGAAAAGUACCCCAGUACGCCAGAAAGAUGUCAUUAAUAGCUAUUAUAGUCAUUUUCUCUCUGGCUGCUUCCACUUUACAAGUUAGUUGGCCUCGAGGGACAUAUACCCUCGUAAAACCUAAAUCUGGAUGUCCCCAGGGCUGGCUUGAGGGAUGGAGACAACAGGACAGUGAAGACACACACAAUAAAAAUUUUUUCACUCCAGGGCACCACUUUGCAGGUUCUUUCAGUGGGCAAUUCGUAAAGUAUCAAUACUGUACCAAGAACCCACAUCAAUUCAGCAACAGAAAUUAUUGGCCCAGGGGAAACUACUGCAUCCUGAAACACGGACCUUCAUGCCCAAGAUACUUUCGUCCAGGAUGUGUGUAUUGGGACGAUGAAAACAGUAGAAACGCUAACAAACAAAAUGGAAUUUUGCCCAGUGGUUCGUAUGGCCCCGACACUCGCAUCGACUACUGUUGUCGAAAAGAUGGUUCGUAUAAGACCUACAUGUCUCUACCUACCAAUAAACCAUUUUAUCUCCUGAGAUUCAGGGAACCUUGUCAGCGAGUUUCGGGUAUGUUCGUCAGAGAGGAGAUCGUUAAAACUGAUGACGAAAACACCGCAAAUAAGAACUACGUCAGAGGAUGGCAUCCCUUGAGAGCCGGUGGAAGUGACCACGUUCUCCAUUAUUGCUACUACUGGAAAUAUUAGUCUUUGCAACUGAAUGUUGGACAAAAGAACAUUUCUAAAAUAAAGAUUUCAUGCAGAUA